AUGCGUUUCUCUUCUUCGCUCUUGCUGAUCCUUGCUGCGAUCACCGCAACCAAUGCUGCUUCUGUUGACGAAUCGGCAGCGAAGCCGAUUCUGACUCGUUCGGCGGUAGCCGACGUCAGUGUGACUGAUACUGUCAAGGCCAACGUGGGUAAUUCUGACCUUGCGCAUCUCGAUAAGCUCGCCGUGGUCUCGGCUCGACGUCGGGGUUUGGCCCACGGUGCAGCUCUCGAUGCUGUCCAUGCCGAUGUCGGCAAAGUUGAACUCAAGCACGCGGCUUCGAUCGUCCAUACUUUGUCCGCUUCGCUCGAAGGCCAGAGUAAGGAGGCUAAUUCGAUCUUGAAGAUCAAAGAUCACAAGCAUGCCGUCAAGAAGACGCACAAGCUUCUGCACAGCAUCAGGGCCGACUUGAAGCACGCUGUGAAGGACAUUCAUAACUUGACUGGCAAGGAUGCAGCUGUCAGCGUGGAGGAUCUUCAGCAGAGAGCUCUGCUCGGCUUGCUGGAUAUUGACCUGGCCGCGGUGGUCAAGGCGAUUGACGGCAAGCAGUUGCCUGGAGCUACUAGUCUGAUAUCGCUUCUGGCGCACAUCAACGUCGACGCUGUUCUGCAGCACGAUGUGUUGUCGGUGCUGUCCGAACUCAACGUUCUGCUGGCAAUUCACGACGUUGUGGAUAUCGCAACUGUGCUCACGGCGGUUCUCGCAGUGCCCGGUUCAGUGUACUUGUUCGACCACCUCAAGCAACUCGAGAAUCCUGGCGAAUUUGUUGACUCGCUCGCUGAUAUCAAGGACCUCAACGCUCUGGUCGAUGCUGCUCAUGGCGGACCCGAUUCUCUCAGUGAAAUCGAAGGCAGCGCGAAUCUCAUCGCUUACGCCAAAAAGUACGGCUAUACUAGUAUCGAUGGUAUCCUUGACUUUGCCGGUAUCCCGUGCGUUCUGGAGGCUGUCAAGAAGAUUCCCGGCUCGGUACAGCUCUUGAACUCGCUCAAGUCAGUCGUGGAUGUUCCUGCUCUUGUUAGCGGUAUCAACGUUCUUGGCGUUACAGACUUUGUCGACUCUAUCAAGGCUGUUGACGACGUCGAAGCGCUCGUCAGCGUUGUCGUGAGUAUCACUGGUGGCGUCCUUCGCAAGCGUGCCGAGCUGCUGUCUGGCGUUGACAGCACUGUCUCGGGUCUUACCUCGGGUCUUGGGCUGAGCGAGAUUCUCAAGCGCACUGAGCUGCUGGAUGGUGUCCAAGUUACCGUUUCAGGUCUGACUUCGGAUCUUGGCCUCAACAAAAUCCUCAAGCGUGAUGUGCUCAACGGUGUCGACGCCACCGUGUCGGGCCUUACAACUAGCCUUGGUCUCCAGCGCGUGUUGAGUCUCAAGCGCGCCCUUGCCCACAUCUCGGCUCUUCCCAACUCACAGGUUGCGUCCAUCGAGGUGGUCAACAAGAAACGCGCCCUACCCCACGACGUGGGCGUCGAAGCCGCUGUGGUCGGCAUCAAUGUGACUCCGGCCAAAUUGCUUAAGCAGCGCCGCGAUCUUCUGGACAACGUUGACCUCUCUGUUCUCGACAACCUUGACGUCGCUCAAAUCGUAUCGCUCAAGCGAGACAUCGCCGAUCUUUCGGUGCUCAAUACCAAAGCCGUGGACGAGGUCCUUGAGGCCGUGGUCAAGCGCGCCAUUGUCGAAAGUGCCAUUGGUACUGUCGAUGCCACCACCGGCUUUGCCACGGGUACGGUUGGUGGUGUGCUGGAUACGGUCAAACGCGAUACCGCCAGUGACCUCCUCGGUGGAAAGGGGAAUGCAGGCAAGCUGGCCAACACCAACGGUCUUCUCACCGACAUCAGUGCUGUAGGCAACGGUGCGAUCGGUCACCCUGAUGGACACAUCAGCCUGUCGGAUUUGAACCGUCUCAUUUCCAUCAAGCGGUCUGGGAUCCUUUCCACGGUCGAUGCAAGUGUUGAGUCGAUCGAUCUGGCUCAAGUUCUUCCAGGACUGAAGCGUACCAUUGCUGCCGCCGACGAGAGAGUCACACCGAUCCAGCGUGUCAACUACACACCGAUCUUUGAACGCAGCAGCGACAAAGCGCUCCUAACAGACUCGAUCGACACUCUCACAGUCAGCAUCUCGGCGCUCCUCCCAAAGCUCGUCAAAAUCGUAGCCGUCAUCGACGUCGAACUCGUCACCAAGACGGUCAAGUCGGACGUGAUUCCGCUCGUCGCUCUCGUCGCAUCGGCCCUGGACAAGUUGGUCAACAUUCAAGCACCCGAGUUGCAAACCAAGCUUCACGCCAUCGUCAAAGUCGCUGACAAGUCAGUUAAGAGUCUUGCCUAG